AUGAGUGCACAGGCAGUCCCGACUGAUGCAGCGCUAGCGUUGGUUGCAUCGCUACAGACGCGCAAGCAAGGGUUGGCUGAUCGACUGCAUACAAGUCUGUUGUCUGUCCUUCGUACGAUUGCAGCUGGACACGUCCCUUCAAUCACGUUGACAAGGGCUUCCAAGGAAGAGACAUACUUUGAUCACGCCACCCAGUCUAUCCGACUUCACAUUCAAUACGAGCUCUCAAGCAAGACGCGUCUGACAAGUCUAGCACAGGUGAUCUGUCUACUGGUGAGCAUCUACGAAGGACUCGUACGCGAUGUCAAAAGUACAAAGCGUGACCUGUACUACAGGAACGUGGCGCUCUUCAAGUCACAAAGCGUUGUGGAUCGUCUCCUGAGCCAGCUUGAAUUGACGUAUGAGUAA